AUGCAAACAGCGAAUAAAGGCAAAGCCAUUAAAGAAAUUGAGCGGCUGCGACGCUUUCUGCACACAAAUCAAAACUUUCGAUUCACGGAGGCUGACAAGAACAAUCUGUACUCCGCGAUCGAGGCCUAUCGAAGCAUGUUUAGCAGCCCCUCGUCUUGGCAAGGUGCUUCCUUCGAGGUUUUUUCGUUGCACCUGCAGUGUACAGAGGCUUAUGGCGGUGGCGUGCUGCAGGGUUGGGGACAUCAAGUCCUGCGCUUCCCCUCCUCGAGGACGCACUGA